CAUGGGGGAGCAGGAAGCCCUGAGAUUUGCAACUCCAGAGGUCCUGCCCUCCUUGGUAUCUCUGCAGUGCAUGGAGGUGUAUCAUUUGCCUUGGGUUUCGGAGGCAACAAUGCCUUCAGCCAGGGUGAUGUAAUUGAUGUGUUUGAAAAUAAGAAGACCACCAUGCAGAACCUCAAUGACCGGAUGGCCAUCUACCUGGAGAAGGUGCACUCACUAGAGAAGAUCAACAAUGACCUGGAGUUGAAGAUCCGCCAGUUCCUCGAUAACAAGUCUUCCCCCAAGUCUCAGGACUACUCUGCCUUCUACACCACCAUCAGUGAUCUCCAUGGCAAGGUUCUGCAUGCCAUACGUGUGAACAGUAGCAUCAACCUCAACAUCAGCAAUGCCAGGCUCACCACAGAUGACUUCAGAGUCAAGUUCAAGAAUGAGCUGAAUAUAAGACUGUCAGUGGGGGCUGAUGUUGCUUCACUGAGAAAACUUCGGGAUGAGCUGACCUUGGUCAGGUCUGACUUGGAGAUGAACAUCAAGGAGCUAAGAGGAGAUCUAGAUAUGCUCAAGAACAACCAUGAGGAAGAACUCCUUGUUCUGCAGGCUCAAAAGACCAAGGAGAAGGUUAAUGUGGAGGUCAAUGCCAAACCACAUCAAGACCUAUCCAAAGGCUUAGAUGAAUUCCGACAACAAUAUGAAAGCAUUAUUGCAAAGAACCUUGGAGAUGUUCAGCUUUGGUUCCACAGCAAAACAGGCACCCUAAACAAACGAGUUACCAAACACAGUGAAACCAUCGGGUCUCACAAAACAGAAAUCACAGAUCUCAAAAGUACUUUGCAGAACCUAGAAAUUGCACUUCAGUCAGAGCUCAGUCAGAAAGCUUCACUGAAGGCCACACUUGAAGAUACAGAGGCACAUUACUCCACUAUACUAGCCCGCUACCAGCUGCAGAUAACCAGCAAAGAGGAGGUUCUGGCACAGUUGCGGGCUGAGCUGGAGAGUAAGAAGCAAGACUGCAUGAUCCUGCUGACCAUGAGGACAAGACUGGAGCUGGAGAUCACAGAGUACAGAAGCCUGCUGGACAGAGAAGCUGGUAGUGCGUCUCAUACAAGUCAAAACCACAAGCUCAAAACAGUGGAGACUGUUGUAGAGGAGGUGGUGGAGAGGAAAGUUGUCAGCACAACUAACAAGGCUGUGAACAAAGACUCCAAAAAGCCUCCUAAGCAAACUGAACACAAGACCUCUUAA